UUAUCUAGAACUAUGUUGUGUAGUAAGCAGUGGACUAUGCCUACUCAGAUGGUACAAUGUAAUGCGCUUAGUUUGGAUCAGAUACAUUGUUCCAAACCCAUGACGUAAUGUUACACCUUUCUGCUUAGUCAAUGUAUUGCGUCCUAUUCUUUUGGAAAUUAACAAGUGCGUGGAGUUUUAAGAUGUCGGGUAUGUCCGGGCUAGUACUACGUGCAACAAAGACGGUAGCUGGUGUUUUUCCCGAGCAGAAAUGACAUUUGUGGGUCCCAGCCCCCCCUCACCAAGUCUCUUUUCCUCCUUCCUUCUGCCCCCUCUGUGUUUAGCCGCCGUUACCAGGCAAGAUAGAACACCGAUGACGUGCCCUGCCUCGGAUUGGCUGAAAAGUGAGAAAUGGGCGUGCUGUCCUGCGGUCUGCUAAGGGUUAUUUAAACAGCUUUGUCGUUGCAGAAUAUCUGCAGAGUUGAGCAGCUGUGCGAAGGAAAAGUACAUGUAUAGUCGGCCUGGAUUGACGGGGAAGCCUUGUCCUCCAAUCUCAGCAACAACAAAAAAAAUAAACGGACUUUAACUGGAUUAGCAACAUAUCUUUAACCUGAUCUAUGAUCCCUGAGACUUGGAAAGUUAUAAGAACUUGACCACUUGGAAAUGAUGCCUGCACUUCCUACAACCAUGAUGGUCCAUGACUUAGACAGCUUCAACUCAUCCCCUUCCCCAAUGGACGCCACCGCCAAACGGUCGUCAUGGGGGAAACUGGUGCAGAAGUUAACCGACUUCAGUGGAGACGGCAAUAGCAGCGGUCACAGUAUAGACUCCGACUCAGACAAUGGCAGCAGGACUGAUCUCUCAGACUCCGGGUUUGACUUUCCCUCUAUCUCCUCAUCUGAUGACUUCGGCAACAUGUUAUAUGAUGAUCUCCUCUCGAUGGAGGAGACCCUUCUGAAAGAACUUGUGGACCUAAUUGCCAGUAGCUUAAGGGAAGCCAAAGACGGUGCCCUGAGAUGUUCCAAACUACUCAUCCCUGAGAAGCUUCUAGAACACAUAGGCCAAGAGCUCCUUCACCUGGCGGCCAGCGAGCCCUGCGGCCUGAGGGGGGCUCUCAUAGACCUCUGUGUGGAACAGGGGGAGGUGUGUCAGAGUAUGGAACAGAUCGCCGUGGACCCAUAUCUCGUCCCUACCUUCCAGCUCACACUGGUGCUGAGGCUCGAUUCUGGAGGACUGUGGCCCAAAAUCCAAGGGCUUUUCUCCACAAAGUCUCCAUCCAGUCCCGUAAAGAGACAGGCGAUUAGACUGAGCACGGGCUUCAGAGUGAUCAAGAAGAAACUGUACAGCUCUGAAGAGUUGCUCAUWGAAGAAUGCUGAAAGAAACCAAAGAGACUUUCUUUAGAUAUUUUUCUAAUAAACCUUGUUGUACCAAGUGUCCUACCUACAACGCUCAUCAGAGCCCUAGUGAUCAACAURUUGGAUUCUAGUCAAAUGUAUGAUUUCUAGGACAUUUUCUUAACUGUUAAGAUGAGCCGCCGAUUACUUUGCUAUGUACAUGUACAUUAUUUGCGGAUUGGUGUCCCUGUGUAGGGGAGCCACAGUAAAUGGUACGUGACAAGUUAAUAAGAGAACUAUUGUGCUUAAGAGAAAGGAGCGGGGAGCUACAGUAAAUGGUAUGUGAGUAGUUUAGUGUGCUUAAGAGAUUGSCGUUAACCCAAACACUGAAAAUGAAGAUUCUGGCACUUUUGCAAACCACUAAUAUCUAUUUUAUAAAAGAUGGGUGGUUUGGUUUUCCAUUUAUUGUUAAAAAUGUUUACCUGUUUCUAUUGAAACCAGACAAUGGCAGCUAGCUGUAUGGUAAUGUUUGUAUGUGGCCAUUUAGAAACUGUGGUAAUAUWMUUUURRUUCUUCAUGGCAAUUCAUUGUACACWAUGGUAAGGGGACCAGAUUGACAUGUUUGGCUAGAGACCAACAUUACUUACCAGUACUUGCUUCUCCGUCUGUAGCAUCCAUUCUGUGAACCACAGGUCAGUUUACUUGAUUCUUUAUUUCCAGUUUAGKAUGGUUUGUCCUCCWGCAUACUCAUCUGUGCAUCAUUUUAUUUGAUAUUCAAAUAUCCACACUGUCUUGAUACUUUCCAUUUUAAUGAACUUCAGACAAUAAAUAAAUAUUAUUUUUUACAAAA